AUGGCUUCAAGUUCACGCUUAACCUUCGCAUCUGCCUGGGGAUUUGAAACCACAGCGAGAACCCCUGAGCAGGUCAAAGAGCUUGAACAAGAGUUUAGGAAAACCGGUGCCUCUGAAUGUCAUGGUGACUAUAACAAGUCAGAUGAUGUUCUUGUGCUUCAAGGACGGUUUGAAAGUUCUCUACCCCGGGCAGCUGAGAUCUUGUCACGUUACAUCGAACAACAGGAGAGCAAUGAUCUCCUUGACAUCCCGCGUAUCUACCGUCUCCAAGUCCCCGAGAUACUGAAAGACGACCCGAUGCCCGUUCGGAGCCAGGACACUAACGCCCAAGAGGGUGACCUCUUGGCUCUUGGUCCCUCCCCCAUGAGGGUCACCAAAGCCUGGGCAUCAUCUGAAGGUGGCGUGGGUUGUUUCUCGUGUCAAUUUCACGACAUCCUCUCGGAGAUUUCGAAACUGACAGGCACGGAAAUCGCUGUUUCCGAAGACCUCAAAGGCAUUCAGGUGUCUGGAAAAAACGAAAAUGAUGUGGAUGAUGCUUUGGCGAAAAUCAGCAAUGUUCAGGAACCGCUGAAGCACAUUUGCAACCCGCAAGUGAUGAACAUGGCAAUCUCGCCGGACAAUCGCCUCCAAAUGCAAUAUUACACCCGUCUAAACUCGGCCGCCAAACGCCGCAUACUCACUGACUCCGAUCUAAGUUCUACUUCAAGCCUCUACCAAAGCUUUGUGACGGUGUCCAUCGCCUUUGAUAGUGAAUCCCAGGCGAACAGAUUCCCUGUGAACCUCCUCAACCCCCCACGAAUUGGGGACGGGCCCGGCGAGGAGUCGCGGGUCUGGAAUAACUUUCGUUUUCAGGAAUUCGGAAAAGGUGAUCAGUUCAAUGUGGUAGAAGUCGUCGAAACUCCUCGUUCAGAGGCUAAAAGCUCCCCCGUCGAAGUUUCUCCAUCCCAUAGAUAUCUCUCGGCUGCAAAGGCCUUACAGGUGGAUCAAUGGGUGAAUGAAAGGGCUGAGAUUGAUCCAGUUGGGCCGGUCCCUGAGCUUGCUUCCAUUCCACAGCCUGAGACUCAGUACGAGCCGACAACUGCUACCAACACCAUGAAGCCACCUGGAAUAAAAUCACGAAGGGUCGUGGCUCCGGUGCAAAAGCUGUCUUCAUCCUCAUCAAAGUCCACGGCAUCUCAUUCCAAGCCGCUCAACGCCCCGGUAAGCGACGAAAAAACCAACAGCCCACGAAAAAAGUGGAAAAUGACUUACGAAAUCAACGCCGGUGCUAAUGCAUCGCAGACUCCUGGUCUUGGUCAACCCAACAAAGAAAUUAACAAGCGUGAGGGAGCUGUCCUUGGCUAUGUAGCAUCUAACAUCCCGGCGGGCAAAGCGGAACUUGCGUCGGAUUCCGACGCUCCGAAGAACGCAAACAAUAAGCCCAUUCGCAUUCCGGACAACCAUAGAUUCAAAGCAAAUGAAACUUCGUCUGGGUCGAACAGAAAGCCUCGGAAAGGUAGUGAGUUGAUUGAUACGUCCGUCCCAGCUUGCAACGCCAAUGCCAAUGUGCUUCCUCGUCUUUUUAUGGAUCAGCCUGCCCUAAUCCCAGAGAGAUCAUCCGGCGGUAAUAUUCCCAAAAACAACUCCGACAAUGGUGCCAUAUCAUACAAGGCCAACCACUCAACUGACCUCGCUGGUCUCAGCUUCGAAUCCGAUGGCUCUUCUCCCAGCCCCAACAGCAUUCCAUCGAGCAGGGAAGUAGCAUCCUCCAGUACCGACAUUUCAGAGCCGGAGGAAAGGCUUGAGCGGCUGAAGAAGACUCGUACGGGCCAGAUUGGGAUGAAACACAUCAAUGAAGUUGAUGUCUUCACUCCCCACAAGCCUAAGUCCAAGCGCCAUGCCAAUCAAGUAUUCUCGAAGGAGAGGCUUGAAGAACUGGACAGGAUUGAUAGACCGGAGAUAAUGCAGUCAGCUGACGACGAAGUCGCUACCCGUAAAUACCACCUUACCAUGAAGCAAAAGACGGCCAAGUCUUUUGGAAAGGCGAAAGGUAAAGCUGAGGUGAAGGCCAAAAGACAGGCCACUCUGGAAGAUGCCUGGGGUCUCCCGAAAAAGCCAACCAAAGGGGCUGAGGGCGCAUCAGGGAUUGAGAAGGUUGACGGCAAACCAAUGAAAGGCGCCAGAGCUUCGGGGGCGAAACAUGAGCAGCUUCAAGCAAACGAAUUGCGUACGAAUGACAACAUCAAACAUCUCUUUAGCGCGCUGAAGCAAACUUUGGAGGCUGCUGAGUAUUUUCCAGGCACAGUGACUCUAGAGUUACAGUUCGGCCUCCUACUAAUUCCCUUGUUACCCAAAACCUAUCGUGAAAAUUCGAUGUCCGUUGACGAAUGGACAAGAAUCUUCCAGCCCCAAACCGGUAUUGCACCCCCAACCACAAAGUUCAUCAGUCGACUGACGACAUCUGGAUCUGAUGUUGAUCACAUUGUGGACUUGAAGACCUCUAAAGCGGAAGGGAAACGGCGCAUAUUUGAGCAGGACGCCAGCGAGUACUCCGUUCUCUAUGAAUAUCAUUGUCGGACCAAGUCGGACAAAUUAAUCAUCAUGACGGUGAACGAACAGGGAAAAAACAGCCUUAGAUAUCCGACAACCGUUCUCGGUGGAGUCAACUUGCACUUUCCUGGGCAGACCUGGGACGCUCACUUGGGUGUGAGCGGUGGCUUCACAUACAGGGAGGGAAGUGACCCAGAAAUCGAGAAAGCUAUUCAGCACCUAGCGGACCAUUGUUGGGUUCCCCCAAACCAAACUCUUGCUCAGAUCUUCACGAAAGUCCCAGAUGGAAACACCAUUACCAUUGACAAAGUUCUUAUGAAACGCCUGACACGCCAUCGGCAUAUCCAGGCCGAAUCCAACGUCAACCAGGAUAUCUUCCUGCAGGUGACGGAAGUCCAAGAUCUCAUCAUUGGAACUUGUGACACAGACUCGCUGGUCAAAAGAGCCCGAUGCUUGUCACUUCUAGACAUGCUCAAGGCCGGGCGCCAGUGGUACGAGGUCUCGUUGGUCAGUCCUGCCAUCGAGGCUAUCUUGAAAGCUAAUGCCAAUAUUGAGUUCGGUGAACGUACUGAUGACUGGUGUGCCACUGACCUCUUGGGGAACGACGCAUCCCUUACUCAUGACAAACCGGCUGGUUCUGUCGAGACUCACGCCCCAAUUUCAUUGAGUCCCGUUGCAUCCGCCAUUGGAGAUGCUGGCAUCGGAAAUCUUUUCCGUGUGGCCAAGAAUAUCAUCGGCAAAAUGGACGGCGUGGGUUACUGGAAUUACAACCCUCAUGCUGACACAGACGUCAUGCCACCUCCCAGUUCGCUCAGUAUUCCUCCUGCCGCUACUGCUCUUACCCGUGCGUCUCUCAGAAAUUUCGCAGUCAAGUCUGACACAAAGAGUUUCAGUUUCGAGGAAUUGGAGAGUAUCAAAGACGUCGGCUGCGCCGCUGUGGAUGUUGUUCCCACCAAGAAGUCCUCUCCCAUCCCUUCUACCAAACCGAUGGAACAGACUGAAGAGGUAUUCUGGUGA